CAGCUUGGCACCAACGCAUGAUGGGAGGGGACGAAGUGCCCGCGGAUGCGGCGAUUGAGAUCGAGACCGACGUGAAGGUGGUCGAUGGAUCGGUGGAGCUUGCUCAAUGGCACCGCGCAGAGAUCGAGAACGAACUGUCGGAGCUGGAUGACUCGAGCGAGCGAAUAAACGCGGUCGCAGAUCUCUUUCUCCUGCACAACGAGGACAGUGAGGAGCACGCCGAAGCGUUGUGUACACUGUGGAUGAGCAACCUGCGCAACAGUGACACCCACGAUCGAAUCCCGUUCUUGUACGUUGCAAACCACGUAUUGUUUAAGAGCGUGAAAGCGCAGUCGUUUUGGUUCCAAAAGAGUUUGCUGAGGUAUCUUCCUGAAGCCGUCUCGUUGGUGAGCAAUUCCCCCGCCGACCGCGACACUGUUCUCAAGAUCUUGCGCUUGUGGAACGAUCAAAAGCUGUAUCCGCUGGAAGACCUCCGCGUCAUGUGGAAGGAGACGGGGGAACCACUUCCUGUGGCAUGGCAGGACAAGGAAGCGGUUAAGGACAACAUCGUAAAAGCACAGGAGGAGCAGGCCGGUGAACUCGAGCCUGACUUGCCCAUGGGACUGAAGGCUCGAGCUGCGCAUCCGGUGGUGGACUGCUUGAAACAGAUCGACCACGCCAAGCGCGUGGUGGAGUACCUCGAAGCGGUGCUGCAGACACAACACAAAGACUUGCUCAGGCUGGCGCAUGGCAAAUACUUCGCCACGGCGGCAGAGAUCGAAGCCAAGGAAUCGCCUGUGCACAUGCGCGACAGGAUGGCCAACGCAUUGCAAAUUCUCCGUGUUCGCAAUAAAUACGUGCAAAAGCUGGUGACGCUGCAGACUAAGCUUCGGGAAAUGGCUCAAGCACAGCUUGUGGAAGAGGUAAAUUUCUCGUUGCUCCAUAAGCGAAGAAGAGUGCUGAACAUGAUUUGAUUUACUUGACCAUUGGUGGUGGGUGGUAGAACGCAGCGCUGGAACGCCUUGAAGCCAAAUUUGAAGUACGUUAGAGACGCUUUCGCUGAGGGAGAGCGACAUUGUGUUGAAAAAGCCUCAUGUAGCAAUGCGAUGCGAUUGACGUGGGGCUGGCAGAUUUGGCGGACCAUCGAUCCAAGUACCCCGACGAGGUUCGUGUUGCGUUUUCCACGUCGAGAUGUUGAUCGUGGAAUGACGUAGUGGGCAAAGGAAGCUGAGAAUGCAAGGGAGCGCAAGCGACUUCGCGAGCUGGAAACGAAACGCAUCGAGGAAGAAGCGGCGUUGCGCCAACAGGAAGCUUUGGCUGCUAACGCUAAGAUUGUCUCGUUGUUGGAGGAAGACGUCGCGCAAGCUCGUGCUAUGGACGUCCAAACGUUGGUGCUUCAGCAGAUCGCCGAAGAAAAAGACCCGACAAAGGAAUACGUGUGGCAUCCGGUGCUUCGAGAACUGGUGCCGCUAAAGAGCUUGAACCAGCAAUCCGAAGACUGGCGAGAUCACUAGAUAGACCAAACGCUGUUAGAACGAAUGGCACGUGCAUGCUGUGGCUGUUUGUGUCAACCCACGUUGCUCAUUAUGCGCGGAAGAGCGAUGCAUCCUCCCUCGUCGAGCGCGAAUCGGCGCCGUCCUCUUCCUCGUACUGUACUCGUCC